ACAAAAGACGAGCUUAUAACUGGUGACAAAGGAGCUAACUUUCCCCUGGACCUUCCUGAACUUAAGACCCUUAUAUCUUCGGAUUCAGUCUCCCAGACUCCUGCUGUAUCAAUCUCCACAUCAUCCAGAAUUAGCGGCAGUAAUGGUCCUGUCCUUGUACCUCGGCGCGCCUCUAGCUUACUUACUAUGUCUAUUAUGCGUCGGCAUUUACUUAACUCUGGUGCUGCGGGUCCUCUUGACCUGGCAGCUGCAUGUCUUCCCUCGACUUCUGCUGCUCCCAUCUACAAUGGCCUCGGCUCUACCUCUUAUGUCUCUGCUCCGAAACCCAGUGGCCUUGGAACUUUAUUGCGCAAGCCUGGGCAACAGUCGGGCCCAGGACCUGCUGUUGUUAAGGCAAGACAGCGGGCAGCUGCUCAGGCAGCGAGGAUGGAUACAUUUCUCAUUCGUCCAUCUGUUAUUGGGGCUGCUAAUCCUGAAGGAAGCAGGAGCUAAUGGCGUCACUUGGCCAACAAACCAUCCAUUUCUCUUCCUUCCUCGUCUUCCUCCUAGCCACAAGCCUUUCAUUUGUUCUUCGGUCUCUGUAGAUAUCCAAGGAUUUUCAUGUCUUCAGCUUGUCAAGAUCCUCUUUUUUUUAUAA